AUGGAAGUGGGAAGCGUGAGAGAGAAGUGGGAUGUGCGUGUGCAUGAGGAGGAAGAGGACAAGAAGCGCGGCUUGCGUAGCUCUGCUGCUUGGUCAAGGCAGGAAAAGCGGCAAAGGAGCAAAAAACGUGCGGUAAGUAGGCGUGCAAGUCGAACUUUUCGUUUUUUGUUCUUCUCCUUCUGAACAGAUGGAUGUGCGCUCGGGACUGACUCUCGCGCGACGUUGAUCCGUGAUGCUUGCAUUUCGUGCGCGCUCUCAUCCUACAGGCUGCUGCGUGGCAAAGCGCAGAUGCGGAGGUCAAGCUGGUCUAG